CCAACCCAAAUGCGAUGGCCAGGGGUUCGGCGAGUUCCAAACUCAAGAUCGUGCGCCGAGGCAUCCGCGAGUUUCGCGCCGUCUUUGAUGUGGAACGACAGCCUUUUCUCGACGCUCGUUCGUUGCCGGUUUAUUUUCCCCUUUGUUUGAGGGGCUACUUUGACAUGUUAAAGCAUUUAUAGUCCUCUGUGACACUAACCGUAACUCAGAGAACCCUUGAUCCUUCAAUAGUUGCUCCGCCACGAUGGCCACGUCCCGCUACAAAGACAAGGAUGGCGGCGUCGUGCUCUCUUUCGGCGGGCAGUGGGUGAGCUGGUCACACACUGUUGUUGCUUACCUCGCUUUCCUCAGCGCCCUCAUCGUCGGCUCCGCGCUGCACUACCGCAAGAUCGUCCAGAAUGAGUGGUAUGGCUACCCGGACGAGUGGUUCCCGUCCGUCUCGGCUACGAUUGGCGACCGCUAUCCCGAGCGGUCCAUCUUCAUGAUCUUCAUUGCCAUCACUUCCGGGCCGCGAUUUGCGCUCGUCGGAUUGUUCUAUCUCCUUACCGCGAAGCCCGGCCACACCUUGCCGAAAGCAGUCGCCAUCUCCGGCCUCAUCCGGACACUGACAUGUGGCGGAUGGACAUACAUCACGUCGACCGACGACCACGACUGGCACGACAUUCUGAUGAUCUCCUACAUCGUCUUCACAAUCCCUUGGACGACCGGCUGCAUCGCGCUGAGCCCGCCGAAUGCCAGAGCUAUCAAAUACAGGAAAUAUCUGGCCAGCGCCUUCUUCGGCACCCUGGUGCCCUUGGUCUAUUUCUUCAUCCAGCACAAGGUCCACCGUGUAGCAGGAGCCUACACCAUCUAUGCGUUUUUCGAAUGGGCUCUCAUCCUCCUCGACGUCGCCUUUGAUGCGGUAACGGCUCUGGACUUUGACACGUUCGAGGUGGUUGUCAGGGACGUCAAGGGAGCGAGCAAGGGUGUCAACACGUCCUCGAUGCCCACUGCUGUGCUUGAAAAGGAGAAGGAGAAGGCUACUGCUGGCGUUUUCUCCGCUGGAUUCCGCUUGGGGGAGGCUCUCGACAUUGUGGCAGAUGUCUACCACGGCUUUGUAUUCUGGUCCAUCCUGACCAGCUUGGGUGUCGUCGUUUGGUACUUCCCGCUCUGGCACAUGGGCAUUUCGGGGUAUGAGGCGCUUGUCAUGUCCACCGUUACCCCGGCCCUUCUCGCCAUCAGACCGCUGCGCUUCCUGAUCGUCAAGAAUCAGCGCGUUACACAUCUUCUUUCGCUCGCUGGUUUGCUGGCGUAUCUGGUUGAGAACCCGGUCUAUCGACUCUUCACCGUCGGCUUUGGUGUUGGCAUGUCCUGCCUUGGCUGGGCCGCAACUCUGUACUCUGACUCGGUGCAGCCCGCAAGACUCGAGGCUCGCAUUCUGGCCUGGACUAUCGGUCUUCUCAUGUCAUCCGUUGCCAAAUUCGCUUGGUACACCAACAACCCAAUCUGGCCCAUCAUGCACGCCGCAAACGGCGGCUGGAACGGCACGGGGUUGGUUCUUGCCAUUCUUGCCGCCUUACGAUUCACCCGUCGCGCGCCUCUGCAGGGCGGCAACCCUGUUGAGGACAAGAGCGGGUCGGCUCUGCUCUCGGCCCUUGGCAUCGGCGGUCUGUUCUUUGCUUUGCAUUCGCUGCUUUCGGAUACCAGCACAAUGAUCCUCUGGGUCUGGGAUGGCUAUCCGAUCAGGGGCCCCGUUUCCAACGUUCACGCCUGGUACACCAUUGCUGCCAUGACGGCCGGCGUCGUGGCUGGCAUGUCUCGGCGCGCCCUUGUCACUACGUGGACUGCCUACGGUGUGGGCUGCUUGGGUGCUGCACUGCUCACCCUCUACCAUCGAUGGGUUGGCUACUACGGAGCCCUGGCUCUUGCCGCAUACUUGAUGGCCAUCUCGAUCCCUCUGAUCAGCAGCGCUUCCAAGAAAAACCCUGCCGUCACUUUCGGUCUUGGUUUCUUGAUCUACAACUUCUUGGUCCUCUUCCAUGUUUGGGUGGUGGCCUACGCUUUUGUGCCCGGCGGUCCACUCGUCCGCGAACACACCGACUGGAUCAUGAUCACCAUGAUGCUGCUGAUCGGCGCCGGCGUCUUCGACCUCAUCUCACAGCAAGCCAAGUCCGGCCGCAAGAUGGCUGACCGCCGCCGUGCCGCCAACAACAACCAUCGUAAGUACCACCUCGGCACGCUCGGCGUCCUCAACGUCCUCUUCCUCUGCGCCAACUUCCUCCGCUUCCCUACCAAUGACUACAAGCCGUACCACGCCAAUGACCGGCUCCUUACGGCGGGCAUCUGGACCAUCCACUUCUCGCUCGACAACGAUAUGUGGUCGUCCGAGUACCGCAUGCGCGACUUGAUCAAGGAGAUGGAGCUCGACGUGAUCGGCUUGCUCGAGUCGGACCUGCAGCGCAUCAUCAUGGGCAACCGCGACACGACCCAGUUCCUCGCCGAAGACCUGGGCAUGUACGUCGACUACGGCCCGGGCCCCAACAAGCACACCUGGGGCGCCGCGCUGCUGUCCAAGUUCCCCAUCCUCAACUCAACCCACCACCUGCUGCCCAGCCCCGUCGGCGAGCUCGCCCCGGCCAUCCACGCCACUCUCGACGUCUACGGCACCGCCGUCGACGUCUUCGUCUUCCACUCGGGCCAGGAAGAGGACCCGGAAGACCGCCGCCUCCAGUCCGAAUACCUCGCCAAGCUGAUGGGCUCGUCCCCGCGCCCGAGCAUUCUCCUGUCGUACCUCGUCACCAAGCCGCUCGAGGGCAACUACAACACGUACGUGUCCGACGCCAGCGGCAUGCACGACGUCGACGAGACUGACUGGGACCGCUGGUGCGAAUACAUCCUCUUCAAGGGCCUCCGCCGCACCGGGUAUGCGCGCGUCAGCCGGAGCACCAUUACCGAUACCGAGCUGCAGGUCGCCAAGUUUGUGGUGCCGGCGACUGAGGAGGACGCCGUCUCGGUGUGGACCGCGCCGAAGCAGCUGCGGGAUCGCCGCGUGCCGGAGCACGAGGUGCCGGAGGGGUGGCGGUUCCCUGGUCUGUUUCGGGGUGAGGGCGUCCGGGGGCAUCGGUAUCAUGUUUUUGAUGAGCCGAGGUAUUACCAGUUCUAAUCGGGGGUGAGUCAGGGAACUGGUGGAUGAGGGAGCUGAGGGACGGGCGGUGUUUAUGCUGUGGUAAUGGUGGAUGAUGACUCCGAUUGUACGUUGUUGACUUGAACAGGGAAUGAUCAGGAGCGAGUGUGCGGGUAAUUCAAACUGCCAUAACUAUCUGAGACUCCUACCAAUAGAGAUUUGGUUUAGAUUCUCGAUACACGU